AAAGCUUUGCGCCGACUAAAAAAUGUUGCCGCUGAGCUUAGGAAUGCAGUCGUCAUUCAACAAAAUAUUGUCGCCCGCAAGCAGAAGUCAAUGAAGGAUCCCAAGACUUUGACCUUCUACUUUGGUGUCAAUGUGCUUGAUCGUGCCUGUGAUGGCAUGUUUGUUUAUAAUUGUUCUCGCCUAAUCAAAAUGUAUCAGCGUAUCGGUCCUCAACAAGAUUCCAGCAUGCUAUGCAGAGGCGUUGUUGGCAUCGUAGAUGUCCCCUAUAUGCCAACCCACAACAAGCAAGACUUUGCGGAUGCCAAGGAGUAUCGCCAGCUUAUGCGUGCCAUGGCUGACCAUCUAAUGCAAUAUUGGGAUGAUCUGGGCAUUGACCGACCCGAUCCCAGUUUUCAAAUGUCACCGCUACUGGGGGGCUCAAGUGCUGGAGUUAUUCGCUUCUGGAAAAGCUUCGGCUAUCUCUCUGCGAGGUGGCGUGAUCCACCUAGUCAAGAGGAAAAGUAUAUUCGAAAGCGCUGCUCCAGCGUCUCAGUUUGUGUACAAUGUGGUAAGCUCGCCAAAUUAUUCCUCUCGGCUCUUUAUCUCCUCAUUUGCAAAUUUAGCUCACUGACUGAGAGGCUUAUCUUAGUUUAUAAUAAAGUUUGGUUUCUCCUAGUAUUGGUUUGA